AUCUCCUCUCACUGGGAUUGAAAGGGAGAAAUAAUCAGAGACAGAUUCUUGCUUUAGCAAGCUAUUACACUCAACUUUUACUUGCUAGUCUGGGAACAAAUGAAGUGGUUAAGACAUUGGAAGAUGGAGAAUAAGAAGAAAGAAAAAUUCAAAGCGCUCCGAACUCCAUUGUAACUGCAGAGAGAGGAAAAAAAAAAAGCCUGUUGCUGUUUCGGACAACUAAUCCCCAAAUCUCUUAUAAUCAGGAUGAGCAGGAGCAUGUUGCCUGACUUAAGACAGCAUCUAUGUAAAGGUUUGGGAAGGUUCUUCAGCUAAGUGACCUGACUGACUCAGAAUUGUGGUGGGAAUUGGAAACAAACAGGAGCAAAGCCUAUUGCUGUGUGAAUUACAAGAGACUGCCUCAUUUUAUCAGGAGGACAAGCAGGGGAAAAGACAAGGCAGCAAAGGGGAGAAGCGUGAGUCCAGCAGAGACACCUGGACCUUCUACUGAGUACAUAUUAUGGUGUCUGGUCUGGCUGCAGCUGGGAUACAGACUGGGAUGGAGCUCCUGCUCUGUGUGUGAUCUGUCAUUGGUGGGACCCAGAUGGCUAAAGUUAAAGUCAUUGUACAUGAUGAUCCAGACCUGGGCUUUGGUCCAGACGAGCAUGACUCUGAGUCUAUUUCUUGGGAUGACUCAGACUCCGGGAGCAUACUCUCGGAUGACUCUGCCCUCCCGGACUAUGAGCUGGAGGACAAUAUGGAGAGUGUGGUCAACACUCUGUAUCAGGCAUGUGCUAAGAACCAGGCUUCGUCCCUGUACAAAGUCCUGGAGAGGGGCGUGACUCAGGAAGAAGUCAUGGAGCUGGAUGCCAACGGCAGGAACGGCCUUAUGCUGGCAGUUUCCAAAGGCUUCGUAGAUAUUGUGUACGGCCUGAAUCAGUGUCCAUUUUUGGAUAUUAAUCAUCAAGAUAAUGACGGAAACACAGCACUCAUGAUUGCAGCACAAGCCGGUUUUGUGACUAUCCUAACCUACAUUCUGAACUACUAUUCCGGUGUGGACAUUGAGCUCAGAGACCACAGAGGCUUCACUGCUCUCAUUAAAGCAGCCUUGCAGGGCAACAACGACUGUGUGGCCUCGCUCCUCAUGGCUGGUGCAGAUAUAAAUUCAGUAGAUGCGACACAGAGGAAGGAUGUAAGAGAAUGGGCACUUAAAACAGGACACUUUGAAACUUUUACAAGGCUGAGGCUACUGUCCAGCCGGCCCCGUGCUGAACAGUUCUGUGAAACGUACAUCCCGGAGUGGCCAGAUCUUAAAGAGCUGGUGAGAAAAGCCACAACCACAAAAAGUGCAGGGCAGAAGGUCGCCUGUCGUUUGAAGUCCACGUUCACUUUCAGUUUCCCACAGGAUCCUCAGGACAACGGCGUCCUGGAUCACAUGGUGCGCAUCACCACAAGCAUCCACAGUCCACUGGUGGUCACAGGUUGCCGUCCAAUUUGUCCCUCGAGCACCCCAGAGAUCGGCAAGAGGCCUUUAGCCAUGUCUGGACUAGUGCAGCAAAACCCUGAGCAGAAACUUAAGAGCCACAUGACACACAACAGCAAUGGUUCCAUCUUCUCAGCCUCUUCCACCAUCAGCUCCGAAUCAUCUAUAUCACUGUCCUCAUGCUACUCAAACCCAGAACGUAAGAGCAGCAUGUUCUCUUUGGCCUCCAGCAGUAUGCGUAGACUGGUCCCACGCGGCAUAGCACGCCAUAACAGCAUCUUCCCCACCAGCUGCAUCCCUCAAAUCAAAGUGACCAAGUCAGCUGACCCGACCCCUAAGAAGGAAAAGAAAAGGAAGAUGUCAAAAGGUUACCUGGAACCACCUGUUUGGAAGUACAAGGAGGCGAAAAUGGAGAAGAAAAAAGAGAAGAAGCGGCUGGAGAAGGAAAAGGCUCAUAAGAUGAAGAUGGAAAAAGCUGCCAAGAAAAAGUCCAAAAACUGAUAAAGAAUUUCCACACACACAUUUAUCUAGAGUUUUAGUUCCCAUAAUAUGUUCUAAAAUCUAAUGGGACAGAUAGUGGCUCUGUGAAAUUUAAUUUUGUGUUAUUUUGGAUGUUUCGUUUUGUUUUUUUAACGCUGAAAGUGAAGUAUGGCUGCCAGAUGUUUGCAUAAGUUUAUUCUCCAAACAGCCAUGAGAAAGAGACCUUUAUUACAUAAAAAAUAGCAGCUCAGAGAUAUGGGUUUAUCAUGACUGUUAUUUCAGUUCAUGAGUAAAUCAUUUGCAAAUGGUGUCCUAUUUAUUUAAAAUGUUAUUAUUUCAAAUGCAAUGGGAAUAUUACAGUUAUCAUUUAUCCUUGUUUGCGUUUUUGCUGAUGUUCCUCUUUAAGAAACAUAUUUUCUUGGGUGUGUAUUACAGAUGAGGACAAUUUCUGUCCUUCCGAUCUGUAAGACACCUUCGUGAUCUUUCUAGGCCUUGCUCUAAGGGGUUUAUAAUGUAGGAACGAUUUAGAAAAAUACACUCUGUGCCGUUUAGCUGUCUUGCUGUGUGUCUCAGGGAUGAUAGUACAUUUAUUUGCUGCAGUACUGUUAAAGAGCAUGCUGCUCAAUCAGCAUCUCUAUGCAAAUGUUUCUACUGUGCAUUUGCAAUCAUUUGUAUUUGUAAGCCAAAAAAAUGUAAAAAAAAAUGUCCUGCAUUUUCUUAUAGCAUUUUUUAUAAGAAAAUUUUUUUUUGGAGUAAUGUGCGUUUUCCAUUUUGUUUUCACAAACAAUAUUUGCAAAAGCUAUAUUUAAAUAUUCAAUAAGUAUGAUAAACAAAAUAUUAAAAUUCAAAGCAGUCCUUCGAGGCCCUAGAAACACAUUUUCACAUGUUUAAAAAUCAUUAAGAUGCAUUUUCAUGCAUGCAGAACCAUAAAAAUAAUUUUUAAAAAAUUUGACGUGCAUUAACGCUCACAUCUUUAUCACUCUUUCUUCAUGAAAUCAUCAGGAUUGUGAAUCUAGUUAUUGUACCAGGCAUAUGUAACAAACAAAUCUGUAAAAAUAAAAUGCGAAAUACACAUUCACCCAAAAAACUAUUGUUUUUC